UUGGGGGGAGUGGGGACAAGCAGGUGCAGCGCACCGCAGAGCAUAAAGCAAAACAGGAGCCCUAGACGCAACUGUCGAGAUCUGUGGCAGGGAGAGUCCACGAACGCACGCAAGCAAGCAAGGCUUCUUUGUUACACUCACAUGAAAAACGAGUUCAGCUUAUCCUAAAUUUGCUCCCAAUCGCGACGUUCCUUGAGUCGUGAUUCUUGAUGAAUCGAAACCCUAGCAUGAACCAGCGGGCUCGAAUUCGUGGAUUCUAGUGGGUGUUUGUGUGUUUCGAUUGGACGGUUGGGAUUUGGAAGAUGGGGGAGAAGUUUUGGUUGAACGAGGAGGACAAGGGUGUGGUGGAAGCGGUGCUGGGCGCCGAGGCGUUCGAGUACUUGGUGGCCUCGGCCUCCGGCAACAUCUUCUCGGAGUUCGUGCCGGCGGCCGGGGAUCUGGGCGUGCAGGAGGGGCUGUGUAAGGUAGUGGAGGGGUCGGAUUGGACUUACGCCAUUUUCUGGCAGGUCUCCAAGUCGAAAUCUGGGAAUUCGGCGUUGAUUUGGGGGGACGGGCAUUGCAGGGGGGCCAAGGGGGUUGAGGCUGGGGGUGGGGACGGGAAUGGUUCCGGCGAUCCGGAAUCGGAUAAGGGAGACGGGAAGAAGAAGAGGGUUUUGCAGAAGCUGCAGGCUUGUUUUGGAGGGUCGGAGGAAGAUAAUUAUGCGGCGGGUUUGGAUUCGGUUUCGGAUGUGGAGAUGUUCUAUCUUACAUCCAUGUAUUAUGCUUUCCCUUUUGAUAAGCCCUCCAGUCCUUCUCAGUCAUUCAAUACUGGCAGGGUGAUUUGGGUUUCGGAUGCCAAAAGUUGUUUUGAUCAUUACCAAUCAAGGUCAUUUCUAGCGAAUUUGGCCCGUUUUGAGACGGUGGUUUUUGUCCCAACAAAGUCUGGGGUGGUGGAGAUUGGCUCGGUGAAGUCAGUUCCUGAAGAACCAAGUUUCGUCCAAAUGGUCAAAACUGCAUUUGCGGGAGUCCCUUUGCAGGCAAAGGUGUUGCCAAAGAUAUUUGGGCAGGAGCUUACUCUUGGUAGCACAAACUCAAAGUCAAUGACCUUAAGUUUUGCGCCUAAAUUGGAAGAUGAUGUGGGUUUCACAUCGGAGUCUUAUGACUUGCAAGCUGUGGGGAGUGCUCAGGUUUAUGGUAACUGUUCCAAUGGGUCUCGGGGUGAUGAUGGCGAUGCAAAACUAUUUCCACAAAGGAACCAAAUCCUUCUCGGGGGUUUGACUUCACAAGCUGCUGUCUCUGGAUUAGAACAGUCUCAGGAGGACUUGUUCGUUCAGCAGGAUGACAGAAAACCGAGGAAGAGGGGAAGAAAGCCGGCUAAUGGGAGAGAGGAACCUCUAAAUCACGUGGAAGCGGAGAGGCAGAGGCGGGAGAAACUCAACCAACGGUUCUACGCCUUGAGGGCUGUUGUUCCUAAUAUCUCCAAGAUGGACAAGGCUUCUCUGCUUGGCGACGCCAUUACCUACAUCACUGAUCUUCAGAGGAAAAUAAAGAUCUUAGAAGCUGAGAAAGAGAUAGUAAGCAACAACCAGAAGCCAGGCAGCGUCCCUGAAAUUGAUUUUCAGGCAAGGCAUGAAGAUGCAGUUGUGCGUGUGAGUUGUCCGUUGGAUGCCCACCCGGUUUCUAGGGUCAUAAACUCAUUCCGAGAGCAUCAAGUUAUGGUACAAGAGGCUAAAGUUUCCACAACAGACAGUGGUGAGGUUGUCCAUACGUUCUCUAUCCGGACUCAAGCCGGCGCAGCUGAACCGUUGAAGGAAAAGCUGGCUGCUGCUCUUUCAAGAUGAUCCAGUGUGUUUAUGAACAUGUAUCUGUGCAAUUAGCUUACAAAUGUUUGUUGUGUACAAGCCACUAAUUAAGAACUGGCAGUAUCAUAAUAUUGAGACUUAGGAGUGCAUCCUCUUGUAGAACCAGGAAUAGCUUAUUUCCCUUUGCUCAAAACAAUUCCAUGGCUGAUUUCAGACUCUUGAUUUCCCUCCAGAUGAAUCCAUGUGCAUGGUUUCUGGGGUUUUAUAGAUGCGAAAGCUAAUGGAAAACAUCAGAAUUUGGAAAA